GCGGGCUGCGGGCCACGCUGUGUCGGGUUGAUCCGGGCUCGUCUGGGGCGCCGAGCUGGAGGGGCUGGCAGUAACCGGCGGCGGAGGCUGCGGGGCUGAAUUUAGCUAAAGAGAGAGGCGGCAGGGAGGUGCCCUUCUCUGGCUGGCCGAGUUCACCCUCUGGGCACCUGUAAAGAGCAGAUCCCGAAUGAGACCCAACGCCACUGGCCCAUUUCCCGGAUUUGGAAGCUCAGGUUCAGAGACGAAACGUCGCUUGUGCACACUCUCGAGGAGGUGCUAGGGAUGGGCCGUCCCUUCAUCCCAGUGCAGAGUGUGGGUCUUCUCCUCUCUCCCUGAGGGCCAUGCUUCCUGGCUAUCUGGUUGCCUUCGGCUGCUCUCGGGCCUGAGGAAAGAGGAGACAUGCGGAGCCAGCGGGGCCUGCUGCUGGGCCCCGCCCGCCUCUGCCUGCGCCUGCUUCUGCUCCUGGGCUACCGGCGUCGCUGCCCGCCCCUGCUCCGGGGCCUGGUCCAGCGCUGGCGCUAUGGCAAGGUCUGCCUGCGCUCCCUAAUGUACAACUCCUUUGGGGGCAGCGACACGGCCGUCGAAGCUGCCUUUGAGCCGGUCUACUGGCUGGUGGACAACGUGAUCCGCUGGUUCGGGGUGGUGUUUGUGGUGCUGGUGGUCGUGCUGACCAGCUCCAUCGUGGCCAUCGCCUACCUGUGCGUCUUGCCCCUCAUCCUGCAAACCUACUCGGUGCCACGGCUCUGCUGGCACUUCUUCUACAGCCACUGGAAUCUGAUCCUCAUCGUCUUCCAUUACUACCAGGCCAUCACCACACCACCCGGAUACCCACCCCAGGGCAGGAACGACAUUGCCGCGGUCUCCAUCUGUAAGAAGUGCAUUUACCCCAAGCCGGCGCGGACGCACCACUGCAGCAUCUGUAACAGGAUGCUGAUCCCAGUAGGAAAGGCUUGGGACUGGCCUCCCGGGCGCCUUGGUCACUGUAACAGAGCCUGUGUCCCUCCCUCACAGGUGUGUGCUGAAGAUGGACCACCACUGCCCUUGCCCUUAACCUGUGUCUCGCCAGCCUGGCUCAACAACUGUGUGGGCCACUAUAACCACCGGCACUUCUUCUCCUUCUGCUUCUUCAUGACGCUGGGCUGUGUCUACUGCAGCUACGGGAGCUGGGACCUCUUCCGGGAGGCUUAUGCGGCCAUCGAGAAAAUGAAACAGCUCGACAAGAACAAACUGCAGGCGGGUGCCAACCAGACUUACCACCAGACCCCACCACCUACCUUCUCCUUUCGAGAAAGGAUAACUCACAAGAGUCUUAUCUACCUCUGGUUCCUGUGCAGUUCUGUGGCACUCGCCCUGGGUGCCCUGACUGCCUGGCACGCUGUUCUCAUCAGCCGAGGGGAGACGAGCAUCGAGCGGCACAUCAACAAGAAGGAGCGGCGGCGGCUUCAGGCCAGGGGCAGAGUGAGUGGGGCCGGGGCCUGCAAAGGGCACCUGCCGUCCUGUCAACAGCCAGGGCCUGCUAGAGCCAGAAGCCUGCCUUGCCAAGCCUCCACUGAGCUAAUUAGCUGUGAAGUUGGGAGGGGAGUAAGUGGAAGGACCUCCUGGAAACGUGUUCCUUUUGGCUCUAGGCAUUUAAGAAUCCAUAUAACUACGGCUGUGUGGACAACUGGAAGGUAUUCCUGGGCGUGGACACGGGGAGGCACUGGCUCACCCGGGUGCUGCUGCCUUCCAGUCACCUGCCCCACGGGAACGGAAUGAGCUGGGACCCCCCUCCCUGCGUGGCCACUCCCUCAGCCUCUGUGAUGGCUGUGUGAGCGGGAGUGUCGGCUGGGACUGUGACACUUGUUCAGCUCCCUGCGUGGUCGCAAGGAACUCCAAGGGCAGCUUUUCUUGGAAGCUUUGAGCAACAAGAGCCACCAGUGGACCUGUUGUUGGAGCCCAUGCAGGCCCGCCCACUCAAGGCAGCCUGCUGGCCACUGGGGCCACAGCAAGGCCCAGGGCGGGGGAGAUCCUGGGACCGGCACCCCUUUACUCAGGCAAACAGAAGCUCCAGGCCCAGACUGGGGUCAGGCAGCUAGCCAACUUGCCCAGUGCUGACCACAACUUGGGCUUGGCCAUCACAUCCUCCACUUGCUGGCUGAGAAAACACCAGACUGGUGCCGCUGAGAUCCGGCUUCUCAACAGGGCAGACUGCUGCUGGUGGAGGCCACUGCCAGCCACUGCUCACAUGCUGCUGAAGGGGGGAAAUAAAGGUAUCGGCUUCGUAAAGA